CCCGGCCCUUGGGCCGCCCCUCCUGCUUUCCCUGCCGGGUCCUGCUGCUUCCCGGAGGCGCUGGAGGUGUAGACUGUGGCCCAUGGGGCCCUCGGUGCUGCCCACAUGGCUGCAGCCCAGGUAUAGAAAGGAUGUGUACCUCUUCAUCUAUUACCUUGUCCAGUUCUGCGGCCACUCGUGGAUACUGACAAAUAUGACAGCCAGAUUCUUCUCAUUUGGAAAAGAUUCAAUGGUCGACACGUUUUAUGCUAUCGGGCUGGUGAUGCGUGUUUGCCAGUCCAUCUCCCUCCUGGAACUGCUGCACAUUUAUAUUGGCAUCGAGUCAAACCAUCUUUUCCCAAGGUUUCUGCAGCUCACAGAGAGAGUGGUCAUCCUUUUUGGGGUGAUCACCAGUCAAGAGGAAAUCCAAGAGAAAUAUGUGGUGUGUGUUUUAUUCAUCUUCUGGAAUCUCCUGGAUAUGGUAAGGUACACAUACAGCAUGCUGUCAGUCAUAGGAACAUCUUACGCUAUCUUGACAUGGCUCAGUCAAACGCUGUGGAUGCCAAUUUACCCACUGUGUGUUCUUGCCGAAGCAUUUACCAUCUAUCAGUCACUGCCUUAUUUUGAGUCGUUUGGCACCAACUCCACUGUGCUGCCGUUUGACAUAUCCAGCUACUUGCCUUACGUGCUGAAGCUGUAUCUCAUGAUGCUCUUCAUAGGUAUGUAUUUCACCUACAGCCAUCUUUACACAGAAAGAAAAGAUGUCCUCAGAGUCUUUUCUGUCAAGCAGAAGAAAAUGUGAGGCAGCGUUCCUGCCCAUCACACAAGAGAGGAGACAGGCUGCUGGGUCACCCUGCAGCAGACACAGCUCUGGGCAUAUGCUAGGGAAAGAGAACUGAGAACUUGACAACAAGCUGUUACAUGGAUUCCUGCAGGCACCGCAGAUUCUGUUCCGCCUCGACCGUGCCUUAUGAACACAUCUUCCACAGGCACAGCACACCUUGCUGCACCAGGUCUGGGGACUUCAGUGUGUGAGGUCUGAAUGUUUCUGUGCAAAGUUAACGAGUAGUAGAUUCAGUGGAGUAAGUUCAAUUGACUUGAGAAGCCAACUGAUUAACUUCUGCAUUCGCAAUUAGCAGAUUUAUAGGAAGGCAAUGCUGUUAAGCAUCCUCUUUAAUUCUAGGAUAACAUAAGUUAUCUAUAGAUAACCCCUCUGCCGCCGCCAGUCUUAGAGCCAAGCAGCUUGAGCGUUACGUAUACUUAGAUACUCUAUAGACAAAUGCCCCCGCCCUUAGAGUCAAUCACUUUGAGCAUUAUGUAUACUUAGAUAUCUAUCAAAUGUCUUAGCUCAGCUGCUGCUAUGUCGCAAAGUGCACCCCCUCCCACAGGACUUGGUUGUCCUGUGGCUACUACUGCAGCAGUGUGGAAGUUCUACAGAACUUUAUGUUUUACAGUUCUAGAAGCUUGGACAUCCAAGAGCAAGAUGCUAGCCAGCUCAGUGAGAUUAGUAUAGAUGUGAGCUGUAGAUCUGAUCAGCUGCUCUAGCAGGAACACUGCUAGCUUGUGCUGUAGCUAACAGAAAUAGGAAGACAGUUGGACCUCUUGGAACUUGACAGAACGGACCCUUGAACUCUUUGAUACAUCUCCAAAAGAUACAUUCUGAUCCUGUAUCAAAGAUGAUCAGAGUUGCCUCCUGAAUUACACAGGGGAAACUUAUUAGUCCUAAUUUGUAUGAUGAUGAGUUCCCUAAGAAAAAUGGGGCUUCCACUUCAGAUGUCUUUUCUUCCUCAGCUUUGACUACAAUCACCUUUACCAAACCCUAAAAGGUGACAUUAGCAUCUUAAAACUCUUCCAUCUUUUACUUAAUGUUAACAUUACUAAUUCAAGUCAUAAAAUGUUUUUAGCAGCCCCUUGGAUACCAUGGGGCUAUUAAGUUAUGACUGUAACAUGAUUUCAGACAAUUGCAUGGAUACCCACAUCUUUGCCAAAUGUACACUUUCCAAAUCCAAUCUGUGUUUGGAUACUUCUUUGAGGCACAAUGUAGCUUUAACCUUACACUGAUGCAGCCCCAACUACUAUUCGUCUUGGCAACUCCUGUUUUCAAAAGCUGACAAGAGAGGACUUGAAACCAAGACUCCUUUAUGUAGUUAAGAACAUGGUCUAAAAAAGAAACGUCGGCUUGCUUGUGUAAAACUAAGUGGAGUAUCUUUAUCAAACAUUUAACUCUCAUUUGGGGGUCAUGCAGGUAACCAGGAGGGAGGCUAUUAUUUCAUUGGCAUACCCUUGAGUUUAAUCUUUAGAGUUACCAAUUUAGAAUCCUUAGAGGGUCAUAGGCAGAAAACCUCAUGACUUCCAUCCGUGACUGAUCAAAACAGAAAGAACUAGAAAAGAGGAGACUGAAGAUUAUUCUGUUUCCUUCUUUUUGUAAACUUCUGUUUUCUUGUGAAGGACAGGAGGAAAUACCAGGUUUGAAAAGAAAUCGGGCUGAAAAGACACGAGAAAUCUGAAAUUUGAAGUCUAGGCAGAUUCUUCCUUUCCUGGGCAUCAGCAAAUGCUUGGUUGCUGAUUCACGAUGUCUCCAGUGCCCACUUCCUCUUCAGUGCUCACAGUCUCCUGUGUUCCAAGGUAGCCUGGAAUCCACAGCUCUUUAAUGCAUGCAGACACACUUGGUUUGCUUCACUAGUCUCAAGCUUCCCAGUGCCCAAAGCCUGGUGUUUCUCUUAGCGGAUCUGCACCUUAAAGUGGGAGCCAAGGUAUCUGAUGCAGUAGCAAUAGCUUUGGAUCUAGGCUCUAGGAUCUUGCUUUUAGGCAAAACUGUCCCACUUACUAAAUAUAUUUGCUCCAUUUUAAAAUAGAAAACAAUAUUCCCUGGGCAUUGUUGCAAUACUUCAAACAAGCUAAGCCAAAUGAAAAGUCUAGUGUACUGACUUUCUGGCACCCAAUAGUUAAAUGCUAGAUGUCUUUCAGUCUCUAUUACACAUGGGAUGAGAAAAAAGCUGGUAUAAAUCACUACCACUUCUUUCUCGCUUGGCUUAAACCUAUUUCCUUAUAGUCCAACUUGUAAAGAAAUUAUAUAUCUGGAAAAUAAAAUUAGUAGUGCUACUUUGAACGUGCCAGGUGCACUUUGGGACGAGAAGAUAUGCGCCACCUGUGAGUAGUAGCAGUUGCGUGGUGUUUGUGAAGCCCCAGGCACUGUGCGUGGCAGAUACGAAAGCACCUGGCGUUCAGUAUCACGACUUUUCCUCCUAAUUAUUACCAGUUUGUACAUUUAUAUGACUUGUUGCAGACUGAGCCCAUGUGAAGUCACAAUAAUUAGCACAAAAUUAAAAUGCUGCCUGAGUUUUUAGCCACUGCAGUAGCUGAGACUGUGAUAUCCCUCAAACCUUUAGGCCACGGAUCACUCUGGUGAAGGGAACGGGACUUGUAAAAAGGGUGAUCUCCUGAGGACACAGCUUUCUGUUUUUGCUUGUCUAACAUCCUAUCAUCUUUCUCCUGCGGAAACCUGGUUCAGAUGGUUUGCUGGGGCUGCCUCCCCUGUGACUUAGGCCUUGUCACCGAGUGUAUCCCACCUGCCAGGGACCAGAUACUUGUUCAGAGAGUUACAUGGCUUCUAGAGUCCUCACGGUGCUGCUUCUCCCAUGGUUGUGGGGAAAAGAACCUUUCUUUACCUUUGAGGUUGCUGGCAGACACCUUGCCAAGUAGGAGGUACCAUCUCCAGAAGAACAGAUCAGCAUCACCGGAUUCAUCAGACCAACCUUGAAUUUCUUUGUGAACUCACAGUCUCCUUUGUGACUACUGUUAUUGUGAAGCAGAUAACUUCACUUGCACGCAUGACAACCAAGCACAGGCGUUAACACCUGUCACUGAGGAACCUAACCUGGGUACCAGUGGGUGUCAUGCCUAGCGAUCUGAAUGUGCUUAACAGUUCUCUUAAGUGUGUUUUAUCAGCAAGGAUAAAAUCUGCCUAACUCACUGACUCAGUGACUUCUUCUGUGGCUAACAAGGAAAAUUGAUCAUCAUACCCUUGACACUUCUAUGGUUCACUUUCACCGGCAAACCACAGACUUAAAAAUAAAGGUUGCAUUACACAAAUUUCAUAAAAUUAUUUUACUAGAAUUUAAGGGAGAAAAAAUAUAAUUCAGUUUUCACAAAGAAAAGGAAUUUUUUACAAUGAACUCAGGUCACACAGAAAUCAUGUUCCUAUUUUUGCUUCAAAUACCCGGCGUACCCGAGUAAGGCACCCCUUUUCUGGCCACACACAAGGUGAAAUGUAAGUAUGAAGCUACCUUCUCAUGGUUUCUAACUGAGAGGAUCAGUUCUCACCAAUCUCAGACACCAGUCCUGAAAACCUCUGUCUCUCUGGUCCGUCUCAUUCAAUGCGGAUGCUGCUGGCUCCUGGGAUGUCACCAGCCAUAUGCUCUGGUCCACACAGCCUUCUUCUUAAACUCCGGCAGAACUCGCAAGGACAGGAGGGUAGCUAGGAGGACAAGAGCACAGAGCACACAGAUGCAUCUGACAGAGCUGUGGUGGGUCUCAGAAGGUCAUUUUAUCAAAGGUGUCAGAGCGGAGGUUGGCACUUCCCACGCAACUAAGUCUUCAAGACUAACAAUGAUUUCCCUCAAAGCUUGGCAGAAUUUAGAAUUUUAAUAGUAUCCCCCCUCAUAAAACCUCACGGGUUUUACAGAUUGCAAAGGUAAUUGGCAUUUUUUCUUCUUUUUUGAAAGUUAGCCUAUAAUCAGUAAAUAGGAAAGUCUGUAAAACUAUUGCUGUUUGGCAUGCUAGUGAUAUUGUUUUUCUCAAUGUGUUACUAUUUACAUGAGUAUGUUCCCUUUGUAACAAUUUACUUUAAAUUUGUGUUCUUUUAUACAUGAACACAAUUAUCUCCAUUAAAUGCUUAAAGAAAAAACUCCACACCUAUAAUAAGGUUGAGUUCAUGUGCUCAAUGAAGCAAGUAUACCACACUAAAUUUUAUAUGGACAUGUGUCUGUAAGGUAUGUAUUUCCUAUUGUGCUAUGGGACCCAAGAAGCAAUUUAAAGUAGAGAAAUUCAGAAUUAUAUCUUUUAGUAAUUAGUACAUAUUUCUUGUCUUAUUCUAGAAUAUUAAUAUAUUCAGAUAUUAUGUAAAAGGUAAGAAUGUGAAGGAAUGUAGGGCACCCAAGUCAAUCCAGUAAGCCAAUGACUUUGUGAUCUAGUAAAAGUGUGAUUCUUUAAGUCAA